UACACCAAACAUCACGAGUGCUAUUUUUUUCGCUCGUGUACGUGUGGCGUUUGGGAGACUUCUGAAAGAGCAAGGUGUUUCUCGUUCUUGAAGGUCGAGACUGAAGAGUCAUCUCUCGCUUGAGUUUACAGUUCCAUGCAAAGCCGAUAUCGUUGGUUGCAGCCAGAACAAGAGGGUCCUGCUGCAUAUCUGUGGAGUUCAAUUUGGCGUAGUUGUUCCUUCACAAAUAAUGAAAUGUCGAGUGUGGAAUACCUGCCUCUGCUGCCUUGCAUGUCCGAUGUGAGACAUGUAGACGGAGUUGAGGACGAGCGCAGCGGUGACACAGAAGCUAUUUUCAACAAUCCAGCUAAACGGCGACGAGAGGAGCAGAUAAAGAGAUCUCCUAGAUGCUCUAGCCGAAUGACGACGCCGUGGCAGAAAAAUCCGUCAUAUCCGAGUAAUGUUUUGGGUCUUCAUACCGAAAUAGAGGAUUUUUCCAAGUACAUGGCACCCCUUCCGGAGGAGCUUGCCAUGCGUCAUGACCUCGUGAACAGAGUGUCUGCUGUGAUUAAGGAAAAAUGGCCACUUGCAAAGGUGGAUGUAUUUGGAAGCUUCCGCACUGGAUUGUUCCUCCCGACCAGUGAUAUUGAUAUGGUUUUGUUUGGGAACUGGACAUCUCUACCACUACAUUCAUUGGGGGAGGUGCUUGUUUCUUCGGGUAUAUCCAAUGAAGAGGACAUCAAAGUCAUUGACUCGGCUCGGGUACCAAUCGUGAAACUGUGUGACAAGCUGAGUAAACUCAAAGUUGACAUCAGUUUUAACAUGACCACCGGUGUAUCCAGUGCGUUAAUGAUUCAGGAGUACAUCAAGGAGUAUCCUGUACUGGACAAGCUGGUCAUUCUUCUGAAACAGUUCUUGCUCCAGCGUGACUUGAAUGAAGUGUUUACAGGUGGCAUCAGUUCAUACAGUUUAAUCCUGCUGGUUGUUAAUUUCUUUCAGAAUCAUUUACGGGAGAAUGCUGAUAGCUCGGCAGCUGAUAGCCAGAAUCCAAACCUGGCGGUGUUGUUGAUAGAGUUCUUUGAGCUGUAUGGCCGUAACUUUUCCUAUGACACGGUAGCCAUUCGCAUAGCCAACGGAGGCUCCUAUUUUGAUAAGGUCACGUUAUCUGAUAACCACCCCCUUGCCAAUCCAUCAUUUCUGACGAUUGAGGACCCUCUUGAUGAAACUAAUGAUAUCAGCCGGGCAUCGUGGGGUGCAGUGAAGGUGAAAAGUGCGUUUGAGCAUGCUCACGGUGUGCUGGUCAGUGCUGUUCUGUCCCGUGACCCAGCACUUCUUUCUGGACCAUCACUUCUGGGACGAAUUAUUCGCAUUAGCGAAGAUGUAAUCCGCUUCAGAGAAUCUAUGGUUCAGAAGUGGGCGGAACGCAGUGCAGUGCUAGCAGCGGGAUCAACAUCCAGUGCGUCAACAUCUCAUUCUUACUCAUCAGUUCUGUCAUCAGCUGCCCCGUCACGUUCUGGUGAACCAAGGAGAUGUACUACGCCCGAGGGUGGCGUGGCAUCUGAGGCACAGCCAACAGGCAAUCAGCUAACGUAUGCUGGGGCUGCAGCUGGAGCUGGGAAAGUAGAGGUGGCUUCUGCAAGCAUUUCAGGUUCCAGGCUUCCUCGUAGCAACUCCAUGUCAGCUUGCACCCCGGCUGCAGUGAAAUCUGGCGACAAGGCUACAGCGAACAAGUUGCAUGGCUUGCGGGGUCGCUGCAGUAGUGCGAGUAGUGUAAAUAGUACGGAUAAUAAUAAUGCGGGGGGCAUGGAUGAUCCCAAUCUGCCUUCAGCACGCCAUCCAAACAAGAGGCCAGUGGCGAAAGUGAUGGGUAUAAGAGCUGGAGGACAGCUGAAGCAAUCAGCUCACAGCAGUGCUACGAAUUCUCCAGCUACUAGCAGAGCCGACAGCAGCUGUGCGGAAAAAGAGCUUUGCAGUAGUGUGGUAGCACAGAAGAAGCGCUCAACAGGACGCUCCCAGCCUGACAGUAGCACCAGCAGUAAUCAUAGAAUAGGGAAGAGCCAUUCUCCACCUGGUGAGCGGUGACGUUGAGGGCAUCUUGUUCUUGUUUCUUUUCAUUAACUUCCUUGUUACUUGCUUACAUAGCGCUUUCACGAAAUACGAACAGAAAGAGAAAAGUUUAAACUUAGUGCGGGUUUGUCCUGCAGUCUGACAAACCUUAAGCCAAUAUUCCACAAACAUGUAGCUUUUGGCAUGUAGACUUGCCUGUCAUGCCUCCAUUGUUUUGUUCUAAUCUUCUGCUUUUUAUGCAUACAGAGUAGUGCAGAUAGCUGUGCUGAUAAGGAAAAAUUAUCUAUAUUUCACUUUGUGAGAAAACUCCCUUUUCAGUGCAAGGCGUUCAUUACCCCAUCCCACCACAUCUUUGACUACAUUUAGGUGUUUAGCUAGUUGUGCCUGUCAUAUUUAGACCCAAACACGCUAUCUACUCUCUUCUUUUUCUAUUCAUUGCAGUACUUUGUUCCGGCCUGUCAUGCUGUUUGGUUGGCUCUUUUGUCUCUCAACAUAUUCUUUGUUGUAGUCUGGGUUUUUUUUUCUUUUUUUUUUGUCCAGUUUCUUAGUGCCGUACGCUAAAAGUGUUUUCUCAUCAUUUGUUGGCAAUCUGUCUGCCUGCCUUUCCUGCUGUGUUCAGCAGCUCAUCUGGCUGUGAGAAGGGUUCUCUGCUCCAGAAGCAUCCGUUUGUUUGUGUGUCUUGAAUUCCAACUAUACCCAGUUUAGCCAGUAUGCUGCUUCUUUCAAACUCCUCUCCCUGCCUGCACUUUCCUUCUUCUCGGCUGGAUGGUGUCUUUUAUCUAGCGUUAUUGUCAUCCACAUAAUGUUCUGUCCAUUUUCUGCCGUUUUUUUAUUUCAACUUGUUUUGAUAGAAAUUGACACACUGUUAUAUUUUUUGAUCUUGAGCUGGUUUUUCUCACAACCUAUUUGACCUGCUGUUUUCCUUGCAGUGUGCAACCUAUUUAACAUGCUAUAGAACCAGUGAUGUGUGCUCUGACAUAAUAAUCUUGUUCUUCCACUGGUGUACGACUCAA